UUCUAUUAACUGUCUUUGCAGCAUUAGUUAAUGGAGAAUAAAUCAGUGUGUGAGUUUGGUCAAUCCAGAGUACUUGCAUUCUGAAUGGAAGUAUGGAACAUUGAAAGCAAACCCGCUUUUGAUUUUCCUAUCAAAAGAAACUAAGGAAAAAGUUUGCCAGAGAAAAUCGUAAUAUUGUCGGUCUGGACGUGUCCUUAUCCGAAUCCCCGAGCCAGCCUCUAUUCAUUUUCGUGCAACUACACCAGCAUCUGACUGUUUUAUAAGUAACAAAGAACAAGACCAUUGAUUCCAACUUGAAGCGAAACUGUGAUCACAUUUUUUCGUCCAUCUCACUUCCAUUUGUUUUCUUCAUUCCUUCCCUCUUCGAACUAACAGCAUCUUCUCUUGUGGGGUUUCUGAAAAAGCAUUUCCCGUUCCUCUAAGCUUUCAAGUUUCAUCAUUUCCCACCAUGGAAAUCUCUUCUGUUCAGAAUAAAACAGAUGAGACCAAUGGAUCCGAGAGUGACGGAAAUAGCAGCCGUCUUCGAGUGCCCGUUUUCUCCUCGUCGACAGAGGUCCUCGAGAAACUGCAAGAAAAAUGGAAUUCAGGGAAGAAGCAACCAUAUCGAGCAAUGUAUUCUAGCAUUUUUGGUGGAAUUACUCUUGAUCCAGCUUUGAUGGUUAUUCCAAUCGAUGAUCACAUGGUUCACAGAGGGCAUGGUGUAUUCGACACAGCUCGAAUUUUUGAUGGUUACAUAUAUGACUUGGACCAUCAUCUGGACCGAUUGUUGAGAUCAGCAUCAAAAGCAAAAAUUCCACCCCCCUUCCCUAGAUCAACUCUAAGAAGCAUUCUUCUGCAAUUGACGGCCGUGUCACAGUGCAGAAACGGCUCGUUGAAAUAUUGGUUGAGUGCAGGACCAGGGGAUUUUCUGCUGUCAUCUGCAGGUUGCUCAACACCUGGUUUCUAUGCAGUAGUCAUCGAGGGCGAGGGAUCCCCACAGCCACAGAAAGAAGGCGUGAAGGUGAUAACAUCCACCAUACCCAUGAAGUCCCCGCUAUUUGCCACAAUGAAGAAUGUGAAUUAUCUGCCCAACGUCCUUGCCAAAAUGGAAGCCGAGGAGAAGGGAGCAUUUGCUUCCAUCUGGGUCGAUGAUGAAGGUUGUGUUGCAGAGGGACCAAACAUGAACGUGGCUCUCAUAACUCAGAAGAAGGAGCUUCUGCUGCCCUCAUUCGACAAGGUCCUGGCUGGGUGCACUGCAAAAAGGCUAAUGGCCCUGGCACCAAAAUUGGUUGAGCAGGGCCUUCUGAAGAGUGUCAACACUGCAGAUAUACCAGUGGAAGAAGCCAGAAACGCAGCCGAGAUGAUGUUUGUAGGAAGUGGGCUUCCCAUAUUACCUAUCAUCAUGUGGGAUGAGAAACCCAUAGGAGAUGGAAAGGUUGGCAAAUUGACCCUUGCGCUUUCAGAUAUGCUUUGGGAGGAUAUGAUAGCAGGCCCUGAAACGCAAAGGCUACGAAUUGCUUACGUGUAGCAACUGCAAGUUAAAAAGGAAAAUGUAAAUCACCAUUUCUUCUGUACCCACUGAACAGAAUUAACUCCGGACUUGAUCCAGAGACUAUGUUUGUGUAUGGUGUGAGAAGGUAGGGUGAAACAAACUGGAAUAUAAUAUAUAUCUGUGUCUUUGUUUUUGUAAUUACAAGUAGAAAUUGAAAUACGUCUUUACAUGU